CUCCACCCUCUUUGUCCCCGGAACCGCUCCUCUCUCCUGGGUGUCUACCAGCGCCGUCAGCUCGCAUCUGGAUCCCUGUAGGACAAGCUUGCAGUCCCCAGUCCCGACCCACAGGAACCACGGCCUCCUCGCUCGUGGACAGAGAGCAAAAAACAAAACCAAGAAUCCGACUUUGACGCCUUCUCCCUGUUUGUGGUUCUCACCGUCUUCGGAACCCCGAAGUCCACUCCUGCGAUUCUUGCCAGCGGUGCAAAAAAGUUUUUUCUCUCUCGUAAAAGUUGUGUUUGGUGUCGUCCUCGGGGAACUCGGUAUUGUCUUAAACACCCGUGCUGUUUGAGGGAUUGUGUUUUAUUUCUUGUACUUAUGUGAAUGAAGCGUGUGUUGAGCUGAAGGAAGCAACAAGUCUCCAUGAGGAAACUCGGCGUGGCUCACACUUAGUUUACACACCUGGACACUUUUUCUACCGCUAUUGUUUUUUUCUUCUUCUGUGUUUCACUGUCUGAAGUUGACACAAAAUGAAGACGCUGUUGUCGCUGUGUGUGCUCAGCACGCUGGUCGUGUUGUGUUUGUCUGCCACGGCGGAGCAAAAGUUGACAAACUGCAACGAAGUUCGGGCUGCUUACAGCUCCAAAGGCUUCAACGUCAACGAUGUUCCCAACAAAGGAGUAAACGCAGCGUCCCUCAAAGUUUGUCCGCAGGGUUACUCCUGCUGCACGGUGGAGAUGGAGGAGAAGCUGAGCCAGCAGAGUCACUAUGAGAUCAAAGCUCCUGUCUCCAGGCUUAGCACCAAUCUACAGUCCACCUUCCGACAGAGGCACGGUCACUUUGACAAGUUUUUCCGGGAGCUUCUGAAAAAGGCAGAGCUCUCACUGCACAACAUGUUUGUACGAACGUACGGCAUGAUGUACGUGCAGAACGCCGAGCUGUUCAAGAACUUUUUUGAGGCCCUGACGAGGUACUACGUGUCCGGCAGCUCGGCCAUCAACCUGGAAUCCAUGCUGUCUGACUUCUGGGCCGACCUCCUGGAGAGGAUGUUCCGCCUGGUCAAUGUGCAGUAUGAAUUCAGCGAUGCCUACAUGGAGUGCGUCAGCCGCCACACAGAGCAGCUGCAGCCCUUUGGCGACGUGCCCCGCAAGCUCCGCAUCCAGUUGACACGUGCCUUCAUUGCUGCACGCACCUUUGUGCGUGGCCUAAACCUCAUGCCGGAGGUGGUGAAUAAAGUUUCAACGGUCAGUGCAUCUCCCAGCUGUGUGCGAGCGGCCAUGAAGAUGUUGUACUGCCCCUACUGCUCGGGCCAAGUGGCCCUGAAGCCCUGCCAGAAUUACUGUCUGAAUGUCAUGCGGGGCUGUUUGGCCAACCAGGCCGACUUGGACACGGAAUGGAACAACUUUCUUGAUGCCAUGCUUAGUCUGGUUGAGAGGCUGGAGGGUCCCUUCAAUUUCGAGUCCGUCAUGGAUCCCAUUGAUGUGAAGAUUUCCGAUGCAAUCAUGAACAUGCAGGAGAACAGCAUGCAAGUUUCACAGAAAGUUUUCCAUGGCUGUGGCCAGCCUAAACUGAGCAUGGCAUUCCGCUCCAAACGUUCUGUCAAGGAAACCGGCUUCACUCCCCGCUUCCGCCCCUACAGUCCUGAUGCAAGACCUACCACUGCCGCUGGGACAAGCUUAGAUAGACUGACAAGUGAUGUCAAGAAGAAGCUGAAGCAUGCCAAAAAGUUCUGGUCCACAUUGCCAGACACUGUGUGUGUGGGGGAGAGAAUUGCACCUGGUGAUGAUUGCUGGAAUGGCACAGCAAAGAGCAGGUAUGAGUCGGUGGUGAUUGGAAAUGGACUGGCCAAUCAAGUGUCCAACCCUGACGUGGAUGUGGACAUUACCAAGCCAGACAUUGUGAUACGAAGUCAGAUUGCCGUUCUGAAGGAAAUGACGAGCUGGCUCAAAGCUGCGCACGGCGGCAAGGACAUCUCCAUCGAAAACGACGAGGAAGCCAGCGGGGGAGAGGAGAGCGGCAGCGGCUGCGAUUCGCCGUCCUGCGACACGGAUCGGGACAUCUACUUCUCUACUCCACCCAACCCGGUCGAACCCCGGGUUAAACUGGUGCACAGUGAAUCGGCCGCCGCGGCCCUGCAGGGCAGCGUGGCCCUGGCGCUCUGCGGGCUGGCCCUGCUUUUUGCCCACUUGAGAUAAAAGUGCCGUGAGAAGAAAAGAAUGACUGAGAACGAUGGAGUGAAGGGGAAAACUGUCAGAAAUACUUUAAAAGGACUGCCUUCAGGACCUCAGACAGUUUGUCGUCGAGAGAGGGGAGGGGUGGGGUGGGGUGAGACUCUUCUUAAUAUUACAAUAACUUCACUUUGAAUUAUUUGCAUGUUUUAAGGACAACAGUGUUCAACAAUCUUCCCCAGAAAAGUCCAACUUUUAUUCGCCGUGGCUAUGUUGGAGCUACACAAUAGAAACACAUGUCUUCUUUUGGCAAUUUAAAACUCAAGUGUGUGCCUUCUUCAGUGACUGCCGUCAACACAUAACGUCUUCCUCAUCAUUCAUGUCCCCACAAAGAUGUUAUAUUUCAGAACAGUCAUCCAGCACGCCGGGUGCAAACUGUGAAUCUCUUCAUCCGCCAGUAUGUUAUAAUAGAGGGUCUUCACUCCUUUUCUGUCAGUUAAGAAACAGUGAAGGCCUUUUGUUAUAUUUUCUUUGGAAAGACAGGACAUCUUCUCAUCUAAAUAUGUUACCUGGCUUCCACGUUUCCUCUGUUCAGCAGUUCAGUAGUGCGGUUAUAUACCUCAUGCAUUCUCUUUGUCAGUGCAAUCUAGUCAUAUGCAGGAGAUGAAAGUGUGAUGGAGAUGUGAUAUGUGGCUGAGAAGGACAGGGGCUCCCCCUGGUGUUACCCCUGAAGAAGAAGGCAACGCUGGCAAGUCCCCAAUGCCCCUUUUGUGUACUGUAAACUCAGUUCAGGACUGAAGAUCGGACAUUGUACAGUCUCGCGUGUUUGAAAGAUGAUGUUUCACGUUCAACUAGACAAGAGAACCAAAAGAGUGCUUUGAUCAAAUGAAAUCGAGGAUUUUUUUUAAUACAGGGUUUUUGUGUUACGUUUUCAGCCUUUUUUUAUUGGUAUGAUAAUGAAGAUAUAAUUUAGGUACUACAUUGGGUUUGAAAUGCUAAUUUUAGGGUGGUGGAACUGGCCAGUGUACACCAUGGAUGUACCACUUAAAUGGCCUUUUUCAGUAUAAUUGGACGCCUUAUAAAUCUACCUAGUCUCACCGUUUCAAUGUCGCAAGUGCUACCAAAAUGAAUACCAUGUGUGGUGCUUCAUAUCUUAGUUUUUUUUUUAUUUGCUUGUUUUUCAACUUGGUACAGAAAUGGCAACAUCUUAAGGUGAAACGAAUGUAGGUUGUAUGACUUCUGUCAUGUGCUGAAUUUCCCUCAAGGGUUUUACAUUUGCUACCAGCUAAAAGCACAAUAAUAGGCUUUGUUUUGGUUUUUUUCAUUUCAUCUGUAAAAUUGUGCUGCCUCAUGUAGCCUCUGUACAGUAACUUAUGUCUUUCUAUGUUGUCAUUCUCUAAAACUGGCUAAAGACUAUCCACAAGCAUUCAUUGUCACGUCAACCUCACACAGAUUGUAUUAUACUCGGGGUGGAUUUAAAAUAUGCAUUUUAUGAUUUCAUAAUGGUGGACCUUACACAUCUCUCCAUGGUAAUGACGGGCAUAAAGUAAUCUACAACUUUUUUUUUUUUUGGCCACAAUUUUUUUUUUGCCUCUGAAUUUGACGGGUUGAUUGUAAGCUCACAUCAAAAUGUCUUCAAAAUAAGUGAGCAGUCCAGUUAUUAUGACUGGGAAUGAACCAGUGAGAAUGUUGUCUCACUUUGAAGGAACCCCUAUGCAAACUGUUAAUUUAAGAUUAUGAUUUGGCUUUACUUUCAUACUCCCCACUUAAGUAUCACCAACAAGGUUUGUACAUGUCGUCAUGACAUGUAGAAGAGUGGUGUUUAGUAAAGACCCCAACCCCUUGCCCCAAAAAAGGCAACUUUCAGAGUAAACGUUUUGGGAAAUAUGUCUGUGCUUGCCGGCCACAGAAGCGUUUUCCGACUGGUGGGAGUCGGUCCCGCUGCAGGAUGCUGUUUAUUUGAACCCGACAGGCGCUUGAAAGCCUUCCGUCAAACAGAAUGGACUCUGAGGAGAGAGCGUGUGAACGACUGAAAAGAAUUAGGAGAAGUGUAAAUAAAGAGCAGCCGUUUUAGAUGUCUCUAAAAGAGGCCGUAACUGUACACCAGAUUUUUACUCAGAGUAUCUCCUAAAUGUUAUGGAAAAGCAAGAUGAGAUAGAUGUUAAAUUGUAAGAGAAAAAUGUAUAUUAAACAACAUUUCUUAGUCUUGUUAAAAUAAAGACUGCCAAUAUUUA